GUGAUACACGAGCUCCGCGGCCGCCGGAAGGACCUCCCCGCUCCGCUUCCCACCGGCCCGGAGCCGCCGGCUUGACCUCUCGUGGUACCGUUGCCGCCGGGCCUGGAGCGAGAGCAAAAGCGAAGAAAGGGGAGGCGAGAAGAUGUCGGAAGGCAGGGAGGGCCGGUCGAGCAGCGCUCUGUUCUCGGGGUUCCGGGCGCUGGGGCUCUACUGCAACCACCUCCCGCACGUGCUCCGCUACCACAAGCGGCACCGCCAGUUCUACGUGACCACCUGCGUGGGGAAGAGCGUCCACACUUACAAAGCCGACCGUCUUAAUCUGGUGGCAGUAAGUAAUUCUCUACCCCAGGAUAUUACUUGUUUAGCAGCUGACAGAAUGCGAAUCUUUGCUGCGUAUGGAAAUGUUUUUUGUGCAUUUGCCCGGAACAAAGAGGUGACUCAAACCUUCAAGGGUCACCAGGCUGAAAUCUACCUUUUGCAGCCCUUUGGUGAACACGUGAUCUCUGUUGAUGUCGAAAGUGUUGUCAUUAUUUGGCAUGUACAUUCAGAAGAAGAAUACCUGCAGCUGAACUUCGAUAAGACUGUAUUUAAAAUUUCUGCAGUUAUGCAUCCAAGCACCUACUUGAAUAAAGUACUUUUUGGCAGUGAACAAGGAAGUCUGCAGUUGUGGAAUAUAAAGUCCAACCAGCUUUUAUAUACAUUUCCGGGAUGGAAGUCAGGAGUGACGACGCUCCAGCAGGCACCAGCGUUGGAUGUCAUUGCGGUUGGUCUUGCAUCCGGGCAGAUUAUCAUUCACAACAUUAAAUUUGAUGAAACGGUAAUGAAAUUUCAGCAAGACUGGGGUCCCAUCACUUCAAUUGCUUUCCGCACAGAUGGACAUCCAGUGAUGGCAGUUGGGAGUCCAAUUGGCCAUAUUGGGCUCUGGGAUCUGGAAGAGAAAAAAUUGAUCAGUCAGAUGAGAAAUGCCCAUUCUACAGCAAUAGCUGGUCUGACAUUUAUCACUGGCGAGCCGCUUCUCAUCACAAAUAGUGCUGAUAAUGCCCUUAAGAUGUGGCGAUUUGAUGGCCCUGCGGGUGAAGCUCAGCUGCUUAGGAUAAGGAGGGGACAUAGUGCUCCUCCUUGUAAAAUCCGAUACCAUGGGCAAAAUGGGCAGCAAAUCCUUAGUGCAGGUCAAGAUGGGACACUGCAGUCAUUUUCCACAGUGCAUGAUAAAUUCAAUAAGAGUUUGGGACAUGGGGUCAUAGAUAAAAAAGCAGCCAAAAGGAAACGACUUGAGAAAUCGGAGUCAUUAAGACUCCCACCUAUUACAGCAUUUGUAUCAGAGGAGGCUCGUGAAAGUGACUGGGAUGGAAUCAUUGCUUGCCAUCAGGGUUUCUCUUCCUGCACAACCUGGAACUUCCAGAGGUCCACCAUGGGGAGCCAUAAACUGAAGCCCCAAGAUGAGAUGACUAAAUCCUUGACCAUAACCGCAACAGCCGUAGAGAUAACCUCAUGUGGAAACUUUGCUCUUAUUGGCCUCUCAUCAGGAAACGUGAAUGUAUAUAACAUGCAGUCAGGCUUGCACCGAGGACAGUAUGGCCAGAAAACUGCCCACCAAGGUACAGUAAGAGGAGUAGCGGUGGAUGGAUUAAAUCAGUUGACGAUUACAGCUGGUAGUGAAGGUUUAAUCAAAUUCUGGAAUUUUAAGAGUAAAGUUUUAAUUCACACUUCAGACCUCAGUUCAUCUCCAAGUAUGAUGUUGCUGCAUAGAGACAGUGGUAUCCUGGGAAUUGCCACAGACAAUUUCAUCAUUAGUAUUAUGGACAUAGAAACGAGAAAGACUGUCAGAAUAUUUUCUGGACACCAAGGACAGAUCACUGAUAUGGCAUUCAGUCCUGAUGGUCGUUGGUUAAUAUCUGCUUCGAUGGAUUGCACUGUUAGGGUUUGGGAUCUUCCGUCUGGAUGCCUCAUUGACUGCUUUUUGUUGGACUCGGCAGCUACUAGCAUCACUGUCUCUCCUACUGGAGAUUUUUUGGCCACUUCACAUGUUGAUGACCUGGGAAUCUAUCUGUGGUCUAAUGUUUCCUUGUAUUCCCUUGUUUCGUUACGGCCACUUCCUGCGGAUUAUGUGCCUUCGGUAGUAAUGCUUCCUGGAACCUGUCACGUUCAUGAUGCGGGGCUUCCAGAAGAAAUUAUGGAACCAAGUGAUGAGAUGAUAGAGUAUACGUCACCAGAGCAAUUGGAUGAGCAGCUGGUGACAUUAUCAUUACUCUCAGAAUCAAGGUGGAAAAAUCUCCUCAACCUUGAUGUUAUUAAGAAAAGGAAUAAACCGAAGGAACCACCCAAAGUGCCCAAAUCUGCACCAUUCUUUAUCCCAACAGUUCCUGGUCUCAUUCCAAAGUACCUUUCCUCUGAACCAUCUGAUGUGCAAGAGUCCAAGAUCGUAAAUCUGGGGAUUUUGGCGCAGAAAUCUGACUUCUAUCUGAAACUAGAGGAAAGUCUUACCAGUACGAAGUACGAACCUCCACUUAACCUUCUGAAAGAAAUGGGUCCUUCACGGAUUGAAACAGAGCUACGAAGCUUAUCUCCAGAGUGCGGCGGUUCUGUAGAAGCAAUGCAAAGUUUCUUGAGAAUGAUUGGGACGGUGUUGCACUCCAAGCAAAAUUUCGAACUGGCCCAGGCUUACCUUGCCUUGUUUUUGAAGUUGCAUCUUAAAAUGCUUCCUUCGGAGCCAGUGUUACUUGAAGAAGUAUCCAAAUUGUCAACGCAAUUAGAAGAAACCUGGCUCCAUCUGCAAAGGCUGUUCAAUCAAAGUCUCUGUGUUUUGAGUUACACGAAGAGCGCUUUAUUGUGAAGUACUUCUUGCUCCUGGUUGAAGAAUCAUUCAGAAUCAUAGGACCAAAAGACAGGAACUUCCACUGAGCAGUUUCAAUUUGACCAGAAUUUUAUUUUUCUUACUGUUAGCCCAGUGUAGUGUUCCAUCAAUAGCACCUGUAAGUGAAAUGCUGAGAACUUUGUCUAAAAUAAAAAUGUACACUUGGAUGUUUAAAUGAA